AGCAAGCAGCCGUCCCAGGCUCUCCCCUGCUCCUGCGUCAGGCAGUAUUUGAAGAGGUGUAGGCAGGGAAAGGAGGCAGUACUUGUGGGCUUGCCUCAGAGCUGAUUUUGCUGCAAGAAAUAGAAGAUCAGAGCAAGAUCUUGGAACGCUUUAGAACUUGAAACUUUUUACUUGGUGCUAUACUUUGGACAAAAAGCGUUCCUUCUAAGGUACAUCCUUGAAUGGCAAAACGUCCCAGCUGGAGAAAGUGGUUCAGAUUCAUCCUCAUUUGAAGUUCUUCGACGUUCUCAAGGCAUAAAUAUACUUCCCAAAGCCAAAAGCUGAGGGUUACAUACAAUAGUUUACUUUAUAACUCCAAACAUCCCUUAGUUACUCCAAACCUUUAAACCAUCAAGGCAGAACAUUUGGAAACAUUAUAAAAAACACCGUAAGCAAGAGAAGAGCCUUCACAGUUACCCCAGAGGACACGUAAACAAGCCAUAAAUUAACUCCCUGCAAAGGAAACUCUGAGUACUCUCGCAAAUUGCACGAUGUCACGCUGGGGACGUAAGAAUGUCAAGAAGGCCCCCGAGGUGAUCAGGACAGUGACCGAGGGCCUGAAGUCACUCUACCGAAAAAAGCUCCUGCCUCUGGAGCAGUAUUACGGCUUCCAUGACUUCCACUCACCGAGUCUGGAGGACGCCGACUUUGACAACAAACCCAUGGUGCUGGUCGUUGGGCAGUACUCCACGGGAAAGACCACCUUCAUCAAGUAUCUGCUUGAACAGGACGUCCCUGGGAGCCGCAUAGGGCCUGAGCCCACCACCGACUGCUUCACCGCUAUCAUGCACGGAGACGUAGAGGGGCUCAUUCCCGGAAAUGCCCUCAUCGUGGAUCCCAACAAGCCCUUCCGCAAACUCAACCCCUUCGGAAACACCUUCCUCAACAGAUUCCAGUGCGCUCAGCUACCCAACCAGGUCCUGGAGAGCAUCAGCAUUAUUGACACCCCAGGAAUCCUGUCUGGGGCCAAACAGAGAGUGAGUCGAGGAUAUGAUUUCCCAGCAGUUCUCCGCUGGUUUGCUGAGCGUGUGGACCGAAUCAUCCUUCUCUUUGAUGCCCACAAGUUAGAGAUCUCAGAUGAAUUCUCAGAGGCUAUCGGAGCUCUCAAAGGCAAUGAAGACAAACUGCGUGUUGUGCUGAACAAGGCUGAUAUGGUUGAUACCCAGCAGCUCAUGCGGGUGUACGGAGCUUUAAUGUGGUCCCUGGGGAAAGUGUUUGGUACUCCUGAGGUUCUGAGAGUGUACAUCGGUUCCUUCUGGUCUGAACCUCUCAUGGUGACCGACAACCGCAAGCUGUUCGAAUUGGAGGAGGAAGAUUUGUUUGCUGAUAUCCAGAAUCUGCCACGUAAUGCAGCCCUACGCAAACUUAAUGACUUGGUCAAGAGGGCCCGUCUUGUGAGGGUACAUGCCCAUAUUAUCAGUUACUUGAAACAAGAGAUGCCAUCGGUCUUCAGAAAAGACAAUAAAAAGAAGAACCUGAUCUACCAGCUCCCGGUCAUCUUCUCCAAGAUCCAACUACAACAUCACAUCUCUCCUGGAGACUUCCCGGAUUGUGCCAAGAUGCAGGAGCAACUAAUGGCACAUGACUUCACCAAGUUUAAAGCCCUGAAGCCCAACCUUAUGAAUAUGCUGGAUGAGCUGUUGUCCAGUGACAUUGCCAAACUGAUGCCCCUUCUUAGGCAGGAAGAAAUAGAGGCUGGGGUUCAACCAGGUGUCCAAGGUGGAGCUUUCUUGGGAACCCGUGCCGGACCCUUUGUGGAAGGUGACCCCUUUGGAGAGGUUGCGAAUGAAAAUGGCGAAGUGGGUGAAGAAGAUGAGGAAUGGGUGGUGACAAAAGACAAGCCCAAGUAUGAUGAGAUCUUCUACAACCUCGCACCGAAUGAAGGCAAACUGAGUGGCACCAAAGCCAAAGAUUGGAUGGUGAGCACAAGGCUCCCCAACUCUGUUUUGGGUCGUAUCUGGAAGCUCUCGGAUGUGGAUCGUGACGGCAUGCUGGAUGAUGAGGAGUUUGCCCUGGCCAGCCAUCUGAUUGAAGUGAAACUGGAUGGUCAUGGGCUGCCCCCUGAGCUCCCUGCCCGUCUCGUGCCACCAUCCAAGCGUCGGCAAAAAGGCUCUGAUGCUUAGACAAUUGCACCCACAAUGCCUUGUGCAGUCUUCCGCAUGCUGUCCAGCUCUAAAUCAGCUGCUGUGCAUUCCCGUUCACUGUAUUUAGGUGCCGUUUUUGUAUUUUUGUAACACAUAAUUAAUGUCUUUCUUUGUAUUCUUGGUUCAGUUGCAACAAUUCAAAGAUUCCCAGCUGGAAGCCAAAGAGCGUUGCGAUAAACCAAAGAAUGGUCUCAGUCAUUUGGAAGGAAUGUUGCAUCUGUCACCAUUUUUAUUCUCGACGGUAAAGUCAUACAGCAUCACGUCCAGCAAUGCUACGCAUAUAACUCAAUUCAUACAUCCAAUGGCUCUAGAACUAUGGGAUAGCAAGCAAAGUUUUGAAGAUGACACGUUUAUUUUUGUCAUUUAGCGUAGAAAUAUGUAGACUUGGCUUCACGCACUUUUUCUUAUGGCUUUUACUGGUGUCUACAACUCAAAUCAGAAUGUGAAACCAAAGCAAGCACUCAAAACUCUGAAUCUUCUACGACCGCAGACCUGAGAAGGCAAGUGAAAACCUUUCUGAGACUUUGUUUUUCUAACGUGGAAAUCAGUUUACUAGCACGAUGCUGCCUUUGCCUUUACAAUUAAAAAGGAAAUGUGCUUUAUAUGUGAUCAGUUUUAUUAUUUUUUGUCUUUUUUGUAUUGAAUGAGCUCUAUGCAUACUAUGAACGAAUGUCACAAAUAUAUAUGAAUUAAAUAUUAAACGUCAAAGCAAAAAUGUGGAAAUUUCUUUUGACUACUGUAAACAGUUCCACUGACUGCUUCAGUUAACCAAUGUUUUCACAGUAAAUGUAUUGAGCUAAAUAAAGACUUUUUGACUUGUA